AUGCUCGCUCGCCUUGCCCUGCUCUUGCCCCUGAGUGUAACGGCGCAGGCAAGACAAUGGGUCCGAAUGCGAGACCUGGGAAUACCAAUGACACCUAUAGGCCUUGUACGUAGGAUAUCAGAAAACUACCGAGCUAGCUACGGGGGCGAGGUCGAGGUCGGGGCCGAUACGGGGGCCUUCCGGAGUCAGGGUCGGAGCCGAUACGGGGACCCUUCGGAUAGGUUCCGGGCGACCCGAGAUGGAACGAGAAUCGUUACACUGAGCUCGGGAUGA